GUUGACAUCACCAACAGAUGACAUCCUCACAAGUUGCUUUCACCAGCGGCAUGGAUGAUGCCGAUGCCGCUGGCGAGACGGGCAUUGAUGGCGCCACAGGCGCUCUUGGCGCCGAUGACCUCAGGCCCAGUCCAUCCGCAUCUUCCGAAGUGGCAGAGGUCGACGAUGAAGCCGGACAGUCGUCAGAGGUGAAUCGACCAGCGGCCGAAGGCGGGGAGGAUGCAGUCACCACCAAAGCCUUGGAACCCACACUGUCCGUGGCAGAUCCGCCCAAGGCGGUGUCAGCUAGAGCACGCAAAGGCAUGCGACCAGGUGCUCGCACAAGGCAUAGCAUUCGAGAGAAGGGCAGUACGAUGAUCAAAUUGAGAAGCUGCAGGUGUUGCGCUGAUGAUGAAGCAGCUGCUUUUGCACAUUCCAUGGAAUGAGGGCAAAA